AAAAGUUUAAAGCCCUUCCCCUUUUCUCGUUGCUAGCGAAGCUUAGCCGCUUUCUCGCUCAUCUCACGGCGUGAGCGAUUGAGCGACUGCCGGAGAUGAAGUAGACGGCGGCGCGCUGUCUUUGGUCAUCGCCAGAGCAUUGGCAAUGAGUCAAUCUCGAGAAGCCAUGCCUGGAUCGUAUGAUGAUCAACAAUCAUCCUCAAUCUUUUUCGACAAUUCCAACGAUGAGCUCGAUUCGAUACUCAUGUCCAACUGGGCCGACGGCGAACUGGAAAGCAUGAUGCUCGAUUGGCAAUUUGAUGAUCAAAAGUUUGUUCCGGAUAGCUCGCAGAUUAUAGGAGAUCAUCAGGUUGCGACAGGAACGCAAAGUUUAUCUGCAGGAUGUGAUGAUCCCUCAUUACAAGCAAGUCAAGAUGGGGUGGCAUCAGAAACCAAAGACAUAGCUCCAUUAUCAGAUAUGUUCACUUCCUCUCUUGAACUCGACCAAAGCUUCAUCGAUCCCCAGCUUUUCAAAGGAUCUCCAUUUUGGAUUCCAAACUAUACGGUUCCAAUUUCUCCUGGAAGCAUGCAUCAGCUUCCGGCAACGACUGCACCAUUUCUAAAUGGCUUAUUAAAUGAUGAGAUGUAUGAAAAUAAUAUUCUUCGAAUGUUUUCCUCUGAGCCUCCCCAGGAUCUUCCAGUUCCUGCCCAAAAGUUUUUGAAUGUUCAGCAAACAGAGUCAUUGAUGAUGAUGGAGGAGGCCAUUCAUCCGGUAGAGCCUGCGGCUGCGCCGGACCUGGCCAAUCCGUCGACCAUCAUCAGUGAUCAGCAGCAGGGCGCUGCUGGUAUCGUUCAACCUACGAGAGGACCUCGUGCCGUUCUCGGUGCUUCAAUUAAGGACGGAUACAAUUGGAGAAAGUAUGGGCAAAAAAAUGUGAAAGACAGCAAUUCCCCGAGAAGCUAUUACAAAUGCACCUAUCCUCACUGCAAAGUGACGAAAAAGGAAGAACGCUCUCCUCAAGGAAACGUCACUGAAAUAGUCUACAAAGGGGGGAGACACAAUCACCCCCGACCAAAUCCCUCUUCUAGUGCUUCUUCGUACCUCAAGCGUGAUGCUCCUCUCAAUGCCCGGCAACAGAACCAAAAUAUGGAAUUCAAUUCUACUGAAGUAACGCGCUCAUCUUCAAGAUCCGGUCGGCAAGUUAAAUAUUUGGUCGUAGCACUCGCCGACAUUGAUGUUAUCAACGACGGGUAUCGUUGGCGCAAGUAUGGCUCAAAGGUUGUGAAAGGAAACUCAAAUCCAAGGAGUUACUACAGGUGCACCAAUUCAGGAUGCAAAGCGAGGAAGCUCGUAGAGAGGUCGCCGGAUGAUUUAAAGAAGCUGAUGACGACGUAUGAAGGCACCCAUAACCAUGGAGUUCCAGGGCCUAAAAACAGCAGCAUCGGUGGUUCAUCUGUGAGGUCGUCUGCGCUUCCUCAAGCGAAUGGCAGCCUUGUGCCGAGAUUCGGGUGCCCCAAUCUCAUUUCCCCACCAAGGUCCCUCCCCAACCUACCUCCUUCUCUGGCACCAUUACCCACGAGGAUGCGGAUGUCGGUGCCGAUUCUUCCUCAGCUUAGCUCCUACUCGGGAUUCCGUGGGCCUCUUCAGCCAGGUAUGAUGACGAUGGUGAUGCCUAAAUUAGAGACCACAAUUCAACCCCCUCCGUCGAAAGACACAGCGACACAGCUGCCUCUGCAACCCAUGAAUUGUUGAUGGCCAGGUUCCUUCUACAACGUCAGAUGUGAAUAUACAUUAAAAUGUUCUCUCUCUCUCUCUCUCUCUGUUUUUUUUUUCUUUCUUUCCAAUGCAAGACUAUAGGAUGGAAUGUUUGAUUGGUUCAUCAUUUAGGGUUUAGUGUUUAUGAUUUAGGGUGUGCAAGAGAUGAUUUUGGUUGUGCAAGAGGAGGAAGGAAAAUGCUACCUCUUUUGGAACAGAGCAUUGUUAAAGCAGAGCUCUUUUGGACGUUUCUUCUUCUUCUUUGCUUCUCUUCUCUUUUCCUCAAGUGACUUCCAGUUGCAUCCUUGGUCCAAAGGAAGCUCGAGGAAGAAGAAAGAGAAGCAACCGUGUGAAAAAAAGUAAGUUCUCGCAGAAGAAGAAAAAGAGCAAUAACCGCUAUUGGUGCGUUAUUUUAGUUUGAAAAGACAAUUAGUUGAACUUAUUUUAGGUAGGGCUGUAAAUAAGUCGAGCCGAGUCGAGUUUUAGGGUGUUCAAGCUUGUUUGAUAAGAUAACCAAGCCGAGCUUAAAAUGAA